AUGGCUGUAAUGAAGAUGAUGAUGGGCCACGUGCUGUGCCUAUUGCCUUUCUUCCUGUACUGCUUCUGUGGAAGCGUGAUGGCUAACCAACAUCAGGGUUAUCGUGGUGUACAUGGUGCCCCUGGAUUGGCUGGAGUGCCUGGUGGUGUUUAUCCUGAUCCUUUAGGACCCCACGCCGGUAUUCCUGGUGUGCCUGGUGUUGGUGUUCCUCCUAAACAUUUGGUGCCCCAACCUGGUAUUCAUCCUCCUGGUGGUAUUGCAGGAGUUUCUGGUGCCAAUCGUCAACCUGCUUGGUUUCCUGCUGGUGUUCCUCACGGUACAAAACAUGGGCCUCAGCCUGCCCCUGCUGCU